AUGUCUCACAUCGUCAUCCUCGACAACAUGACCGACCACUCUUCUGUGGCGUCUCGCCCUACCCCCAUCAAGGGCAAGCUCGCCACCGUACUCGACGAGAUGCAGUACCUAGAGACCCAACAGAAGUCUCCUUCUCCCACCACGGGAUCGGGGUCUUGGUCGAGGUCAAAGUUCAUGGCGCGCUUCUUUCCCAUACUUGUCAGCCGCCACACCCUUUCCGCUCCUGGCGUUGAAGCUCCUGCGCAUUCUUCUCCCGUGCCUCCUCACACUCGCGAGGCCAUCGAUGACAGAUCUGUGAGAAGGUCGAGCAAUGCUAUGCCUCAGAGUGACAAUGAUCCGGAUUGGUGGGUCCUGUACUAG